AUGGCCAGCACGCAAGGCGCGCCUGCAGAGGCUCAGCAAGCGCCGCUCAACGGCGACGUUACCACCGCAGAGAUGUCUACCGAAGACCGACUAGCCGAUCUCACUGCAAAAGCAAUGGCUGAAUAUGCUGUCAAGCACUACAAAGAGGCCGCGGAGUUGUACUCACAAGCAACUGAACUUCAAGCCGAAGUCAACGGGGAAAUGGCCAACGAGAACGCGGACCUGCUCUACUCCUACGGGAAGUGUUUAUUCUUCCUCGCGCAGCAGACCAGUAAUGUCCUCGGUGGCACCGCAGCCUCGGCACAAUUGACGUCGAAGAAAGAGACGAAGUCCAAGAAGCGCAAACUGAACACUGAAGCAAACAAGGCGGAGUCUUCCUCUUUGAUAGGCGAUGCGGUCGCAAAGGCGGCAGAUGUGAUACCUGAAGAAGACGUCAAACCAGAGUCUUCGUCAACAGACAAGCCUCUUUUCCAGAUCUCAGGCGACGCAGAGGGCUGGGACUCUGACGAAGAGGAAGAGGAGCCGGCCGAAGAAGACGAUGAAGACGAGCAAGAUGACUUCGCCGAUGCCUACGAGAUGCUUGAUAUUGCCCGAGUCCUUUAUCUACGCAAACUGGAAUCAUUAGAACAGUCAGCUCUCGAAGACAGUGAGAAAGGCAAAUAUGUGGCAUCCAUUGACUCCACACCACCAGUCAGAGAAGCCAAAGGCAGAAUCGCCGAUAUCCAUGAUUUGCAAUCAGAAGUCUUACUUGAGGGAGAGAAGUAUGCAGCUGCUGUCGAGGAUCUGCAAAAGUGCCUAGCGCUCAGAGAAGAGCUCGAGCCACGCGAAAGUAGUCUUCUCGCUGAGUGCCACUAUAAGCUCAGCCUGGCUCUUGAGUUCAGCAGCCAAAGCCAACAACGAGAUGCAGAUGGCAACCCGGUUGGCGAUAUCGAGAUUGACUGGGACAUCCGGAACGAAGCCAUCGCACAACAGGAGAAAGCCAUCGAAUCGUGCAAGGUCCGCGUGACCAAAGAGACUCAGAAAGCGGAGCAGAUGGACAAGGGUGCCGAGAAGGAUAAGCUGUUAGCGGACGCGGAGGAGGUCAACGACAUGAUCGCCGAGAUGGAAGUCCGCUUAGCAGAUCUGCGCAAGCCUCCCGUCAAUGUUAAGGAGGAGCAGAUGCGGGAGCAAAUCAGCGGUGUGCUGGGCAGUAUCUUGGGCAAGACUGAAGGCGAGCAGAAACAGCAGCUGGCGAAGGCAUCGGAGGGUGCAAGAGAUAUCGGUGGUUUGGUGAAGAAAAAGAAGCCAAAGAGUGCGCUGGCUAGUGGAGGCGACAGCGGCUUUGGCUCGGCGACAUCGACGCCAGCUGCUACGUCCAGUGCAGACAUGAACGGUCAUGGGAAGCGGAAGGUGGGUUUCGUGGACGCCGUUGAAGAAGCUGGCGAGGGCAAGAAGGCGAAGGUGGAGGACGCUGCAGACUCUGGCGCAUGA